AUGGUGUCCUCCAUCGUCAAGUCCGCUACAUUUGCUGUCUCCAUGCUGGUUUCGACCGCAGAAGCGCACAACAAGAUGACGCUCCCGCUGCCAACGUGGCCGAACGGGUUCUACAGCCAAAAUAGUCCUUCCGGCACCAUCGACCCCACCGACGUGCUGCCUGUCCAGGAAGGCAUGUCGUACGGCACCGACCCUUUGUCUAACACGAAGGCGUUUUGGUCAGCGUUUAAUGCCAGCUCAUUUAAAACGUUAAGGGGAUUUUUGCAUAAAACUCAGACGCUAGUAAGCGGGGCUAGCAAGGAGUGUGGCUUCUCGGUGGUGGACGGCACGCCACGUGACCUUCCCGAUAUGGUCCAGUGGGACUUCUUCACCUCUUCCCACGGUGGCCCACUUGCGGUAUAUUGCGAUGACACGCUUGUGGCCGAGAGCUGGAACGCUGCCUAUGAGUAUCCUAAAACCCCAGCCAAUGUGCCGUACGAGAAGGCCAAAUGUAAGGGAGCUUCAGUGCUGUCGUCUUACUGGCUUGCUUUGCACUCGAGGCCAUGGCAGGUGUACACUAACUGUGCCCCACUGACUGGCGCAUCGCCAUCAGCCAAGUCGAGAACGAUAAAAUCCGCAAGCAACUCAAGCAGUACGUCGGGUACCACGUCUGCGCAGCAAGCUGAGACGCCUGCCGUGACGCCUAUUGUGGUAAGCUUCACUGACGAUUUGGUGUCACAGACUACGGUUUCUAGUCAAGAUGGUGAUAAUAAUAAGGAGGAGGACGCUUAUUCAAGCAAAGAGACCAGUGUGGACAAGCAGCCUGAACCCACGGAAGCUGUCAUACCGACUGAUUCUGUCAAGGCAAAGUGCUCGGUGCGUCGCCGUAGCCGUCGCGACUAA